UAAUUGAUAAUAAAUAAUAUUGAUGAUAAUAAAUCAUCAAAAAAAUAUUGGGCUUGUUUUGGGCUUGUUUUUGAAGCUGCGGUUGCUUAUUUGUCUCGCGAGAGUUGGCAACUGUGGUGAGAGCCGUUAAAUCUACGUACCGCACGCCUUGCUCGAGUAACUGUCAGCAGUCGCAAUAAAACACGAAAUAUUAAAACAAUUGUCUGCAGUUUGCUGCAUUACCAAGAUGUCUGACGAUAUUUCGAGUGUCCAAUCAUGUGAGGACUUCAGUCGCGAGAGAUUACAACUGAAUCAACAUUUAGAGAAGAUGACUGAACAAAUGGAGAAUGUUUCAGUGAAGUUGUCUUGGAUGGCCUAUGAUAUGGUUGUGCUCCGAACCAGUCCAGAUCUUGCUGAAUCCCUCAAGAGCCUGGAGAAUAAGUUCCUCAAGUGCAAAGCUGUCAUUUGUGGUCCCACAGAUGGACAAGAUAAAAAUUCUCAUCCUGCUGCUGAAGAACCUAAUAUUCCCCAAGAAAAAAAUGGAGUCUGAGGGAAUUUCCACCAAGAACAGUGAACAUGGUACCUCAGAUGGCCUGGAUUAUAUCUUGAAGCAGUUGGAUUUAAUGUCGGAAUUGAUUGACCAAUUGGAAGCCCUCUGGGAAGAGAUGCUGACUUGUAGUCCUGAGGUGGUCUUGCAGAACCACGUGGGCCGCUGUCUACACACCACCAUACGACAGAACGGAGGGCAUCUCAAGGAAGCAGUAGGUGCUGGACUGCAGGUGGUGACCAGAUAAGAUGCUAGACGGGAUUUUAAAAAACUACUAGUCAGGCUAUCUGCUUCCAGUCAAUGCUCCACAUGAUUUCAGCCUGAACCGCUUGGAAUUGCAGUCAUGUCAGUUUGAUGGGGAAAUGUUUAGGAAGAUGACUGAUUUUUCUGACACAUCAUAUUCAAGGCUGCAUUACAUUCUGCUCAGAGAUUCAUGUUCAGAUCAGUUCUGUCUCCAAUCCAUCUGUCUGUUGCUAUAGAAGAAUUUGAGACUGUAGUUACAGAAUUCUUUAAUUGUAAAUUGAGUAGACUGAACUGAGAAAAUAGUUCAGACUUGGAAUGAAGAACUGAUGAGCUGCUAUACGAGUAUGCGUGAACCAAACACUUGAAGGAAGGAGGGAAAUUAAGGUUUGUCUUGUUUUAUGUAAAAAGGCGAUUAAGACUAAUUUAUUCACUUUAUAUGCUUUAGACAUGUAAAAUAUCCAUGCUUCACAUCAUUUGUUGUACUGAUUAAAAGUGACAGUAAGACAUUU